AAACACUAACAACUAUUACCUGUUAAAAUAAAAAACUAAAUUUUGUAAAUUUUAAGAGGAAAACCAUUGUGAAAAUUUUCUUAGGCUUUAGCAGUGUAAAUUCCUUUUAAGCACGGGUUGUAGUAAAGAUUUAUUUAAAUGCACUGCAUAAUAACUGGAAUAUAGGUUAGAGAUUAUAAUUUCUUAUUCAUUUAUGAACAAUGCAUUCCACUGCUGUGAUUUAAAUGAAAGCUGUUUCACUUUUACUAAUUUACAUUUAAUAUUCUUCGAUUAAAAUUAAGGAUGGGCUUGGAAUCCGAGCCUAUUUCUUUGUGGAAAAAUGACUUGUACCGUAUGCAAUUAGAUGCACCUGUGCCAAUUCCAAUAAUUUGCAACGAAGCUCCACCUGAUUUGCCAAAUUAUUUUGGUAGAGAUUACCAUGGAAAUAUUUCUCAUAUUGAAGCAAAUAACUUGUUAAGUUGUCGACCUAAUGGGGCUUACCUUGUUAGAAAAAGUAAGAGUGCUAAUGGGGAAUUUCACACAUUAUCACUCAAAUUCAAUGAUAAAAUUCAUCACUAUAAAUUGUUCUAUGAUAAAUCAGGAAUUUAUGUGAGAGAGAAGCGCUAUGAUUGUGUUCGAUCUUUAGUAGCUGACGGCUUGGUAACAAUGUAUCUUGAACUUAAAGCACCUUCAUUUCUUCAAAAACUACCCUCUGCCAAUUAUCAUGAAAGUCCAUAUAUGACACUCAACAAAAAAAAAUUACAAACACUUACUAGAGAAAGGUCUAAGCUGAUAAGGAAUAAUUCAUUUUUAAAUGCGAUUUCUAAUAUAGAAAACCAGCAACUUACAACUAAUGGAGAGAAAUAUGAAAAAAAUCAUGUAUUUAAAAUAACAACUUUUAAGGGGCUUAACUGGUGUGAAAUGUGUGGAAAUUUUUUAUGGGGCUUCACUGCCCAAGGUGUCAAAUGUGAUGACUGUGGAAUUAUAGCUCAUGGGAGAUGUUCAGAAAAGUUUCCUAAUGACUGCAUCCCAGAUAUAAAAUAUCUUAGGGGAGUUUUUGGAAUUGAAUUAACUACACUUUUAACUGCCCACAAUGCCAAACUGCCUUUUGUAGUAACAAAAUGCGUUUCUGAAGUUGAAGCUAGAGGUUUAACAGUGGAAGGAAUCUAUCGUUUGAGUGGCUUUGCAGAAGAAAUUGAGGCAAUUAAACUAGGUUUUGACACCGAUGGAGAAAAGGCAGAUUUAAGUCAGGACAAGUAUCCAAACGUAAACGUCAUUACUGGAGCUCUGAAGUUGUACUUGCGACUGUUACCAAUUCCACUUAUAACAUUUUUGGUUCAUCCCAUGUUAAUAGACGCAAUGCAGCAAAAGAGUUUUGAAAAAAGACUGUCUUCAGUUAAGCAGGCCCUUCUCUCAUUGCCUAAACCACACUACUGUACGCUACAUUUCAUGAUGGACCAUCUUAAUCGGGUUUCAUUACAUGCGGCGAUCAAUAAGAUGAAUCCCCACAAUUUAGCAACAGUUUUUGCUCCAACUCUGAUCGGUCCCCCUGAAUCCGGUUCUUUAAUGCUGCCUGACAUGACCACAGACAUUCUGCUAAUUGAGACACUUAUACUGCACUGCGAAAAAAUCUUUGGAACAAUUUCAAUAGCUGCCCUUUAAUAUUACAAUAAUAAAUUGAAGAUUAUUAUAUAUAUA